AUGGCCGGGUCCAAAUGCGUACGACUUAGCGGCGGGCUGGCGAAACAACUGCUGGACUCUGUGGACAGCGUCCUGUUUGAUUGCGACGGGGUCAUCUGGAGGGGCGACGAGGCCAUCCCCGGUGCCCCUCGAGUCAUCGAGUUACUCAAGAAACACGGCAAGAAAGUCUUUUUCGUGACCAACAACAGUAGCAAGACGAGGAAGAUGUACGUGGAUAAAAUGUCCACGCUGGGCUUCAACGCGGCCGAGGACGAAGUGUUUGGGACCGCGUACUGCUCCGCUAUGUACCUGAAGACUGUGUGCAAGAUGCAGGGCAAAGUAUAUCUGAUCGGCAGCAACGCCAUGAAGCAAGAACUGGAGGCGGUCGGCAUCCAGCAGACCGGAGUUGGACCGGACCACGUCUUUGGGAAGCAGACCGACUGGGCCAAUGUGCCUCUCGAUCCUGACGUGAAGGCGGUGCUGGUCGGUUUUGAUGAGCAUUUCAGCUACAUGAAGCUGAACAGAGCUUUGCAGUACCUCACUCGUAUGGACUGUCUGUUUGUGGGCACUAACAGAGACACCCGGCUGCCACUGGAAGGGGGCACGGCUGUCCCAGGUACAGGUUGUCUACUGCAGGCUGUUGAGACCGCAGCCCAGCGCCAGGCCGCAACGGUCGGCAAACCCAACCACUUCAUGUUUGAUUGCGUGGCCUCUAAAUUUGGCUUGGACCCCGGUCGAUGCCUGAUGGUGGGCGACCGCCUCGACACUGACAUCAUGCUGGGCUCCAACUGUGGCCUCAAGACACUCCUCACCCUCACUGGAGUCAGCACGGUGGCUGAUGCCGAAGAUAAUCAGAAGAGCGGCUGCACGGAGAGGCAGCGGAUGGUGCCAGAUUAUUAUGUGGAGAGCAUUGCCGAUCUGCUCCCCGCCCUGCAGGGAUGA